GGGGCCGGGCCGGGCCAGCGGAGGCUGCGCGGGGCUGGAGGCAGGAAGAUGGCAGAGCCGGAGACUCAGCUGCUGCUGGGCGUGGGGCUGAUCGAAAAAGACACCAAUGGCGACGCUUUGUGGGUCUGGUGUUUUCCUUCCACCACAACUGAACUGAGGGAUCUGUUGCUAAGAAAAUGCUGCCUUACAAAUGAAAAUAAGUUGCUUCACACCUUUUUAUUUGGCCAGUAUAAGAGGACAUGGUUCUACAUCACAACAAUGGAAGUUCAAGAUUCUCCCGUCUUGAAAAAGGUGACUCAUUUUUCAAUUGUCCUGACUGCCAAAGAUUUUAACCCGGAGAAGUAUGCAGCCUUCACUAGGAUAUUGUGUAGAAUCUAUUUGAAGUAUGGAAGCCCAGUUAAAAUGAUGGAGAGUUACAUUGCAGUUCUUACGAAGGGUAUCUGCCAGAGUGAAGAAAAUGGAUCUUUCCUCAGCAAAGAUUUUGAUGCCCGAAAGGCUUAUCUUGCAGGUUCAAUCAAAGAUAUAGUUUCUCAAUUUGGAAUGGAAAUGGUUAUCUUAUACACUGCACUUAUGUUAAAGAAAAGAAUCGUAGUGUAUCACCCUAGAAUAGAAGCCAUCCAGGAGUUUACCAGGACACUACCUGCUUUAGUAUGGCAUAGACAAGACUGGUCAAUUCUUCAUUCCUAUGUACAUCUAGAUGAUGAUGAACUGGAAGCAUUAAAGACCUGUCCAGGUUAUAUUGCUGGAUUUACAGAUCCCGAAGUGAGUAAUAGACCGGAUCUCUAUGACGUGUAUGUGAAUUUGGCAGAUAGCGAAAUUACCGUUUCCCCGCUAGUGAAAGAGCCGAUGACGAUGGGAAAAUUGCACAAAGAAAUUGGACAGCUAAUUGUUCAGUCUGCAGAAGAUCCAGAUAAAUCAGACAGUCAAGUCAUUAAGGAUAUUUCAUUGAAGACAAAAGAAAUCUUGAGUACUCUGGCAUCAUUUACUGAAGCUUCUGAUGAUGGUGAGAAACCAACACUUAAUAUUGAAGCUCUAAAACAAAAGCGAUUUCCACCCGCUACCGAAAACUUUCUUUAUCAUUUAGCAGCUGCUGAACAAAUGCUUAAGAUAUGACUACGUCGGUGUACUUCAGUGUUACGGACCAAUACAAAACGAUUCUCUUUACCAUACUGCUAUGAAUAUCCAAUAAUUAUGUAAGAAAAUUAAAGAUAUCAAAUGUUAUAUUUUUAAUGAUGUAAUGCAAGAUAUAGAAGAUCAACCUGGAACGUUAUGGACGCGCAUUUGGAAACAUUUCCAGUCUUUCUGUUUUUUUCUGACAAUAACAAUUUACAUAGAAGGGGCAAAUAGUGUAAAGCACAAGUAGGAAUGGGGCACUUGGCUCUCGGCUCGUGCCUUUUGAGCCUUUCUCCUUAUGAGAGGAGGGAAAUGGAAAUUUUAGAACAUAACAUUGGAUGUCCUGGUUUAAAUAAAUGAAAUGGAAUACUUUCAGCCCAACAGACACAACUGGAAAAUAUCUAAAACUAAAAUUAUACCCAUUUUUCUUUUUUUGCAUAGUCAUAAAGUGAUAGUUUAUUUCAGUCAGCAGCCUGAAACUAACUCUUCUUUCUGAAAGAAUUUAGGGUUGUUUUUUUUUUUUAAAUGAGGAGACCUCCCUUCUGAGCCAAACAUCCAAUGUAUCUGCAGAAAUGUCCACAAAGCCUGUCAAAAGGUUCUGCAGUAGCACUUUGUUAUAUUCAAAAUAUAACUUUUUUUUUUCCUGUCCUUUGUACAUAUGAGCUAUAGCAUGUGGUUUUACAUAGAGAUUUUAUACUUCUGAUUAAAACUUUAGUAAUCCAUAUUUAUACUGUUAAAGAACUGAAUGUUUGGUAUGCUGAAACUGUUAGAGCUCAUCACUAAUUAUGUACAAGCAAUAUUCAUUUGAAAAAAGUUUGUUUACAUAUAAAUUAAGGAAGUCUAUUUUAGAUUAUGGAUAAGGAAGUAGGCAUUUAUGUAUCAAAUGGCUACUUAUUACAGCUAAAAAAUCUGAAAGUACUACCUUUUAUAAUCCCCUAUUUUCAGGGGUGUUUAAUUCUACUCUGUUCUCUCUGGAUGGAAACUUUUUAGUUUGUCUGAAUGCAGCUGGUUUUGUCUCUCUAAGAACUGCCCUUGACUGUAUUUGCAGAUCAGUGCUCCAUAUCUUUUUCAUUUAUAAACUUUAAAGGUUGGAGGGGCUGUUGUUCAUGGUUUUUGUUUUUUAAAACACUCCUUUAGUAUGGCUGCUUUUGUUUUCAGAUGUUUUUAACGGUCCAAAAUUCAACGCUUAAGAUACGUAGAAGGAAAUGCAUUUAAGGCCUGAUCUAAAAUCCCUCAAAAUCAGUACGUGUCUUUGAGUUGAUUUGAAUAUAUUUUGGAUCAGAUCUUUAACAUUGCAGUAGUUAUCAUACAGUUGCCUGCCUGAAAUGAUUUACAUGGCUUCUUAAAAAUUCUUUAAUGAGCCUUAUGUAAAAUAGCGUGUGGUUUUGAAUCAUCACAAAAAAAUCAUUUGCAAAUUAUUAUAUUUUGUGUUUGUUUAGGUGAUUCUCUUGUUGAAUAUUUCUUUACUGUUUGUCUCAGACAUUUCAUUGUAAGGGUUUUUGUAAGAAAACAAAUGAAACUUAAAUUUGCACUUCAGGAAUUAUACACCUAGCACAGAUAUGCCUCUAAAUAAUUAUGAUGCUAUUUGUCCUGAGCUCUUGCCCUGUGUAUUUCACGUUGAUUGUGCUUGAUUAGUCUUGGUCAUCAAAAGUCAUAGGCUUCAUCUCUUAUGUUACAACAAAAUGGUAAUAUUUAGUACUUGGUAGCUUAAAGCGUUGAAACAUUAUAAAUACCUAGGUCAAAAAACUAGAAUUUAUUUUUAUUUAUAUUGUAUGCACAGUGAGAUGACUUAAGCAUGUUCUUGUGGUAGGUGGGAGAUAGUUUUGAUUCAGUGUGCAAAACUGGAGUUCUCUUCUUUCCCCAGAUGAUACAAAUGUUUGUAGGAGAAAUGGGUCACUGGCCUUGUGUUGAAGUUCUGUAUCACCUGCAUUUCUACAGCCUCUUUUCCAGGAAUAGCAAAAAAGGGCCAGUCUAGUAAUAAUCAGAUUGUCUUCUUGAGACACAAAAAAUAAGUGAUCUUGGAGAGAGAAUAUCAGCGUGUGAUCCUUCAGAACUUGGCAAAACAAACUGUGCCUAGUGGCCAGUGCCUCUCUUCCAAGUGAAGUCUUGACACAUACAGACUUCACAGUGUUUCAAAAGGGGAUUUUGAAUCCAGCUGGUCAAGUUAGCAACCCUGUACUCAUCCUGUUCUGCGCUGAAUUGUAACAGUGUGAGAUACCACAUUAGUUCUGGUUUCUGGCCUGUUCUUGAUAUGUUCGAUCAACGUGUUUUGCAACUGUUAGCUCUGGAAACUCAGUCUUUGUAUGAAGCGGUAUCCUUUAUUAUUCAUUUAGUGGUAAAGAUUGCACAGGUUAAAUUCUCAGUUACGCCUGCUCACCCCUAUUGCCUUUAAGGGUUGUGUAAGUAGGGAGAAGAGGCCUUACAGUUGAAACGUGCUAAUGCUGAUGCCAAAGUCAGACCAGGAUCCAACUCCCUUAUAACUGUAUUAACUCUGUUGUGUACCCAGGAGGUUAAAUCAUUAAAAACAUAUGCAAAAUAAAAUGAAUCCAAAUGUGAA